AUGGCUGUAUACACCGCAAACCAUAGACUCUGUACAUCCCAAACCCUCAGAGGAUGGGGUGAUCGUUUUCAGGAGCGGUGGCAUUUGGAAGACUGGCAAAGCUUUGGAGUGAGCUAUGCAAAGACCUUGCGUGCAUGGAAGGACAACCUUGACAACUGGAAAGGACUUGAAGAGUUUGACUUGCGCUUUCGACGGAUGUGGGAAUACUAUUUGAUGUGUUGUGCGGCAUCCUUCCAGGCAAGAAGAACAAAACUUUGGCAGCUGGUUUAUACCAAAUAUCCCUCCAAGAGGCAGGAUGAUUGUCAUCAUAUCCGUCAACCAAAGAGGGCGGAGCCUGCCACGGCCACACGAUGGAAUCGGGAGAUCACCUGA